UGAACGUAUGUCGCAUAUUCUGUGAACUAUGCUCGGGCCGGUUCGGCUGCUACAACGUUGUUGUGUAAGUGUUCAUGGCGAAUAUUAAUUCUGUGUAACUAAGCACACGAAAAACGAAAGCAUUGCAGCUUUCUCUGGAGUGGAAGGGCUGGAAUGGCGAUUUGCUUAAGGACUGUUUCUAGUAAACUUAAACCAACAAGUAAAUUUGUUCCCUCUCGUAAACAUGUGGGUUUGGCGCACCUUCAAAGACAACUUACACAGCACAUAUCAAAGUCACAAUUUUUGGAAGAAUUUUUGGAAUCUCGAUGCAUGGCCAGUGCACCAAUGACCUCAGUGAAGAAUCUGCCUCAAGCAAGACGACCACAGUGGUGUUCUCACUCCGUCUCUUCAAACGGUUUUGAAGAAUUAAAUAGGAUUUGUGAGGCCAAAGCAGAAUCUGUGAUUUGCAGGCAAUCAAUUGAAAGAAAAGGAACUGAUAAGGCAGUGGUACUUCGUCCGGUCGUAAUUUCAAUUGAGAGAGACAUUUCUGCACAACCAGAUUCAGCAUUACAUUCUUUUAAUCCCUUAGAAGUGGGUGUUAGGCCAUUUGAAAUGACACAAGAUGAUAUAAUUCUUUGGAAUGAAGGAGGUAGUACAGAGAUCAUGGAUAUAGAGGAGGAAAAUGUUUUCUGUGUAAAAUAUGCAUCGGGAAUUCAUUUUAAGGAUGAACGAUUGAUAAUGCUGUCAGAUUUUGAGAAGCAAAUGAUAAUAUUAGCAAAUGCAAACAACAGAAAGACCCCAGACUAUCAGAUGGGUUCAGAUAAGAAGCCAUCACAAGAACAGCUUGAUAAAGUUUAUAAUGUUCUAAGAUUAACACUCCCAAAUCUGUUCAUACAACCACUGGACUACACUAUAUACCAUCAAGACAUUGUAUUUGAAAACAAUAUACGGGGCACAAGAACUGUUGGCCUUUACCGUUAUGUGAAACAGGUUGCACUGUUACGAACUGUUGGUCAUCUGAAAUUUGCAUAUGUGAAAUUUGAGAUUUUGAAAAUAACCAUGCAUCCAGAAGAUUGCACUGUGAAAAUUCGCUGGCGAAUAAGGGGCAUCUCAAGUUUAAAGGUCAUAUUUAUGUUUUGGAAGUACAAAUUUUGGAAACCCAAGGAAAUGCUUGAUAACCAAGAACUGUGGUAUGAUGGCUUUUCUACGUUCUACAUUGGAGGAGAUGGAUUAGUAUACAGGCAUAUUGCAGAUAAGAUGAUGCCAGAUAGUGACACAGCAACCAACGUGAAGAGUACUGACUUAGCAGCAAAACUGGCUCUCUGCUUGGGCCUCUUGUCACGACCAAACACACCUGAUUUUUCACCAUUAUUUUCAGCAUUUAGCAAACUGGAGAAGACUUCCCAGUGUCUAUCUGACAUGAUGCUACCUUUAGAGAAAAUAGAGUGAAAUUUGCAUUAUCAGUGAAUACCAUUAGGAGUGUGCAUGCUACUUAUCAUCUUUUACAACUGUGAAUACAUGUAGUUUUGUUCACAUAUCUUACACAGGUUUAAUAUGCUUAAUUAAUAGUGGAUCGCUUCUGUUGCUAAUUUAAAACUAAGGUGUACACGAUUUUUUUUAAUCCAUCUGUAUAACACAUUAUAAUUUGAUUCGUAUUGUUGAAAGAUUGUAGUUGUAUUAAAUGUUGUUUUUUGGGAAAUGUUCCUUCUAUCAUACAAUAUGUAGGGGCCCCCCCCCCCCACAUAUUAAGAAACAGUUUGUUGCAAUCUUUCUCAUAAAUUGGAACUAAGUUCUUAACACAAAUUGGUUAAACUGAUGAAUAUAGCAUGUUUGAAAAUGCAAUAUAUUUGUUUUGAAACUUAAAUUAUGAACGUUAUUAGUAAAAUUAUGUGCAACUUUUCCAAUAUAUUGAAAAACAAGAGGUAAUAGUAAUUUAGAAUAAGUUCUAUAUGUUAUUAACGUGUUGUACUUUAAAAUGAAUAUGCAAACCAUAAAAUAAUAUUUUUGAAAUAAACACUUGAAUUAAAGUGAAUAAAAAACAUAUUUGGGUUUAAUAGAACUUUAGAAUACUAUGUACACAAUAUAUGUGAUGCUGCAAUAGAAGAUGCAUACACUUUGAUAAGACAAAUGUAAACCUAUAAUCAUAAAGAGUUACUACCAAAUAAAGCUAGCACACUCUUAAUCUGAAGUGGUUCCUUUCUAGCAGAGUUUAGUUUCAGGCGACUGAAAAUAUGAUACAAAUGUAUGGUCCUUUGCAGUAACCUAAUAAAUGGCAAUGGUUAGCCCAGUAUUUCAUACUUCACUGAUGCAACAAUUGAUUAUUUCUGCAUGUCAUUAUUGUAUACUUGAUUAAGUUGUAUGUUUCAUAGUAAUACCAUUACAGCCUAUUGAAACUGCCCUUGGAUUAUGCCAUCAAAGAUAUCCAGGGAGUAAUGUGAAAAUCACAAACUUCUGUUGCAUUUUUAACUGACCAUGUUUAUAUAUCCUGCUAUAAAACUAAAAUUGUUUUCACAGCAGUGAGUCGGAAGAUGGCUGUCAUCUGGGUUGUUGUACCACGUAAUCUGGUAGAAGUUUACUGACGUUUUAGAGGUCCUUCCUGCCUCCAUCAUCAGGGUGAUCGCCCUGAUGAUGGAGGCAGCAAGGACCUCUGAAACGUCAGUAAACCUUUACCAGACUACAUGGCACAAGCCAGAAGACACCCUUCGUCAGAUUUUUGCAAUGUUACAUUUUAAUACACUUCCUAUUAUCAUGAGAUGUGUAUGUCAUACUGGAUCACAUUUGUAUUAUUUAUUUAAAUUAUUCUGAUGGAAUCGUAGUAAUUGCAGUACCGCUGUUAGUUGUUAUCAUGUUGUAAAGAGCGUUUAUUAUUUCAACAGUGAAUGUAAAAAGGAUAUGACUUUUUAAGUUGAUUAUCAUUGUUGAAAUGUUAAUCUGUUUCUUAAAUUAUAUAAUUGUAAAUAUAGAAAAUAAAGUGCUGUUGUGAUGCAUUGUAUAUAACCUUA